ACUGGUUUAGAACCUCUAUCUGAAAACAUCCUGGAGGCUGUUUUAGACCCAGUUCUUCUAGCUGGUCCUUUGAAGUUAUUGCUCUUACCUUUAGCAUAUGGCUAUUUUUGUUCCUUUCUAGGAGAGAGGGCAUAGGGGAGAAGAGAAUUUACAAAUUUACAUUUGUGUUUUUUGUGUAGAAAAGGGAGGAUGGUGAUGUAAGUUGGGGGAUGGACAAGAUUUAGGAAUUUAGUUCUCCCUUCCCUUUUUCUCCCCCCAGAACUCAACCCUGUAGUGUUUGUUAAUGGAGUACAAAUAAGGUAUUUUUCUGGGCUGACGCAGUCUGAUAGGAUCACCUCAAGAGAAAAGAUCAAGGAGUGAGAUUGUAUUUUUUCUGUUCAUGUACAUUUGUUUAAUCACCAGUUUGGGCCCUUCUGUAAUAAGACUGCAGCACUGAUUUCCCAUCAUUGGAAAGGAGUUGAUGAGAAGCAAAGGGGUGCAUUAGCGAUAUUGUCACUACUUCCAGUCACCCAAGACCUUCCUGGGAGCAACAUGUCAGGAGAAGGAACAUUCCGGGCAGUGUCCGAGGAGGAGCAAGAACUGCGUUCCAAGCUAGAGCGACUCACAACCAAGGACCACGGACCUGUCUUUGGGAAGUGUAGCCAGAUGCCCCCCCACACCCUGCAGAAGGCCAAGGAUGAGCUCAAUGAAACAGAGGAAUCCCGGGAAGUGGCUGUGAGGGAAUUGAGGGAAAUGAUUCAAGAACGAGCUGAUUCUGGAGAUGACAUGGGUCAGUUGGUGGCUGAGAAAAUACAAGAGAAGGACGAUGACUUCCUCCUACGUUUUGUUCGGGCCCGUAAAUUUGACGUCGGCCGUGCUUAUGACUUGCUUAAAGGUUAUGUGAAUUUCCGACAACAAUACCCUGAGCUCUUUGAAGAUCUAUCACCAGAGGCUGUUCGUUGCACCAUUGAAGCUGGUUACCCAGGCAUUCUCUCUAGCCGGGAUAAAUAUGGUCGUGUGGUCAUGCUCUUCAACAUUGAGAAUUGGGACUAUGAGGAAAUUACUUUUGAUGAGAUCCUGCAGGCAUACUGUGUCAUCUUAGAGAAGCUGUUAGAAAAUGAGGAAACCCAGAUUAAUGGUUUCUGCAUUGUUGAGAACUUCAAGGGCUUUACCAUGCACCAGGCAACAGGCCUCAGACCCUCAGAGCUCAGGAAGAUGGUGGACAUGCUCCAGGAUUCUUUCCCGGCCAGAUUCAAAGCCAUCCACUUUAUCCAUCAGCCGUGGUAUUUCACCACCACCUACAACGUGGUUAAGCCUUUCUUAAAGAACAAACUUUUGGAGCGGGUCUUCAUUCAUGGAGAUGACUUGGAGACCUUCUUCCAGGAAAUCGAUGAAGACAUAUUGCCUUCUGACUUUGGGGGCACGCUGCCCAAAUAUGAUGGCAAAGUCAUAGCUGAGCAGCUCUUCGGACCCCGAACGGUGACGGAGGACACUGCGUUUUAAGAAUGCCCACUGUUUUCCCCAGAGACCCUAGUGAUCCUUUUUCUGAAUUGUUUGUGUGAGGGAGCAGGGGUUUUUGUUGUUAUCCAUACCUUGCUUCACAUAAUGCAACCCCAGUCAGGAUCAGAUGUCCCCGUCUUGUUCACACUGAGUCAGCAAAACUGGGAGAUAAGCCUCUAAAACUAGGGGAUAGUCUCAUUCUUUAAUUGUCAUUUAAACUACAGGGCAACGGUAGAGUCAAGGAAGGAUAGCAUGGGGAAGAGAGAAAUAUAAAAACAGACCAAUUUUCUUUAGUACUGUGAUGAAAACAAGAUAUUUGCUGCUGGCUAUUCCCACUGCUGUCACCCAAGGGACUGGACAAGCUUCUCCUUUUUAGAUUGAGAACAUGGGUAGACAGCCUUGACCUGACCCCAGUCAUUGCAGUGAGUGUGAUGUAGAUCACCAGACUUCCAGCUAACUGUUUGGAGUGUAUUUCUGGGGAAGCUGGGGGCACAUAAAAUCUAUAAAAGGUAGGCAAAUCACAAAUGUACAUUGUAUUCAUUGGAAAGCCAUUGGACAAAUGCUUAUCAUCUAAAUCUGGGCCUUAGAAGUUCUUUGAUUCCUUUCUUGACUUCUUGGGUAUUCUCUUUUUUAGACCCAAGUUCUUGAGGAAAGCAAAGUCUUUUCAAUCUUCCCUUUCACUGGGAUCUGGUUGCUUUCUUAUUUUAUUCUAGCUCAUAUCCUUCCUAUCUCCAGGUCCAGGAAUUCUUGAACUUUUUCUUAUUUUCCUUGGGUGUCCUUCACAGGUCAAUUUCUGUAGACUGCUGUUUGGCUCUUGUUUUUGACUCAUUAAAACUCUCCUAGUUUCUUUCCCUCACCACUUUUUUACUUCUUCCCAGACAUCUCUCCAGGUAAAAUUUCUGUGAAUUACUAACCAUGUGACCUAGGAUUAAUCACUUAAUCUCUUUAGGUAGUGUUCUUAUCUACAAAAGGAAAGAUUUGGAGUAAAUCAGAAAUGUCAUACUCAAGGUAUAAGUAUUUACAAAACUCCCAACGGCAUUUCAGAUGAGACUAGGAUAUAAUUGGAAACUGCUUAAUAAAAUAAAAAUAUAAUUUAACAUAGAUGAUGUUAAUCUGUAGUUUUCUAAGUCAAUAUACAGCCCUCAGGGAUCUUUGGGUUUGACUUUACUGGACAGGAUAAUCUUUAAUGUUUCUUCUAGCUUAAAAUCCUAUGAUUCUACCUUUCAUAUUCAUUUCUGGGGCCCUUUUCCAUGUCUUGGCACAUAUCUGAAUCUUCUUUUCACUUUGGACUUCCCUAAGAGUUUUAGUUCUUAUCCACAAAUAAUGACUAUUCAAUUUAUAUGGCACUUUAAGUACAUUCUACAGUGGAGAAAAUUGAUUCUCAAGUGACUUGCUCAUGGAUCCCAGAGCCAGCAAUUAUUAAAGUUAGAAUUUGAAUCCAAGGCUUCUGAUUUAGCCAAGUGUUCUUUUUGCUACACCAUACUGUGUCUUUUAGCCAAUACAAAUUACUUCUUUUCAAAUUGUGUAUUUACACAAGGCUGCUCCUUCUCUGUCUAUAUCUUCCACAGCAAAGAGUUACACCUAGACUAGUGACAUAAUGAAAAAAGAGAACAAUUCAACAUAAUUACCCUGUGCUUUUACCUGGGUUGAUAUCAGUUUUAUUUCUAAGGUCUUGGUCUUUCUACUGAAAUAUAGCUCGUGGGUUAGGAUUAAAAGCAUAGUCCAACAUUAAAAGAAAAAUAAGCCUUUAUCAUACCUUAGGAUGAGGUGGGAAAAUUUUCCAGGCUCCCUAAAGAUGGAAUCAAGUGACUUAAUUGAGAAUAGAAGAGUAGGGGAUAAGGGUGAGUGCCCCAGCCCUCUGAGCUCAGAACCAGUUCUCAGUGUUAGAACAGGAUCAGAGCAACCUGGAGAGCAGAACUUCAGAGUUCUACUCCCAAACCCUCAGAAACAGCUAAGCCCAUAGAGGUCAUACUUAACAAAUCACAACCAAGAAGACUCCAGCUUGCUCAUUCCCAGUCCAGCGCUGCUCUGACUACACCACAGUCGCAUCUGCCUUUUGAUUAAAAGCAACAAUGUCGACUCUUAGGCAUCUACCAUAUACAGAACAUCAUUCUAGGCCAUUAGGGAGAUAAGUUUUGACAACAUGCAACUCCUUCCAUUUUGAAACUUAUAGUCUAGUGUGCUUGUAAGAAGAGUGGGAAAAGAGAGAAGGCUUAGAGUUGAAUUAGGAAAAGAAAAUCAUGUAAGUGUCUUGGAGGGAUCUGGACAAAUAAAACAAAAAGUUGAAUUUGGAAAAAAAGUUGAACUUGUGUAGAAAUUAAAGAAAAUUUUAAGAGCAAUUUUUAGACCCAGAUCUAGAUUCUACACACACACACACACACACACACACACACACACACGAUAAGAAACAUAUAUAAUUCUAAUACAUGACAAAGUGCAUGAAAUACAUUAAGUAAUACUUUUAGAACUGUGACCCACUGCCAGAAAAACCUUUUCAGAGCCUUAAGGCCAAAGGUAAUAGGGUUUUCUCUUUCCUUUUAAAAGAGGAAAGGGUGUGAUCAUCCUUGAUCACUUAAUAGCCUCUAACAGUAACCUUGGAUAGGGUUUUCGCUAAGUGAGAAGCAGAGCCAGCAUUAGGAAUAGGCCAAACUAGGUAGCUGCCAAGGGUGUAACACAGAAUGCCAUAAAAGACACUUAAGAAUAUUAUUUUUUAUAAACAUAGAUUUUCUAAUGUCAAAAAAUUCCAUUCUCCAUGGCAAGGUGAUAAUUAUUUUGCAAAGUCAAACUGUGUAUGUUAAUAGUCUCAAAUUUCAAAGCCUCCACUAGACACAUUAUCAAAGAUGCAAUUUCAAUCACACUUAAAGUUCUGU